CACUCGAACUCUCACAUUAAUGUUGAUGAUGUGAAGACCUUCACUACCCCUAGAAAGCUCAUUCACUCACUUCAAGUUCAGGAUUUACAAGAUUUUGAUUCGAAUUUCUCCACAAAGCAAGUCAAAAAGUUCAGGAGCCCAACGACAAGAAGCGCAUUUUACGAUCAAAGUCAUCUGUGUCGGGAGAUGAACCGUGAGAAUGGUGGAGGCAGAUUAUUUUCUGAAGAAGAACACCAUGGCCAAUCAGAAUCAGUUUCUUCCACAGGAGAUGAAGUAGUUCCCAAGAAUAAACCACGGUUGGAGAAAGUCUAUUGUCACAUCUCUGCACGUAGCAUUAUUUACAGUCUUUUUGCUGUUCUAUUGGCAUUACUUUUGUGUUUGUUGGCAAUAGGUAAUCAGGACGAUCAAGACAACAUUCUUGUUCCGACUUAG